ACACGCAGAGACAGACACAUGUAUACACACAGGCACAUACACAGACACAUGUACACGUACACAGACACAUGUACAGAUACACACAGACACAUGUAGAAUUGUACAUGCAUACACAUGUAAACUCCCUCCCCCAUAAAAAGUUGCAGUACUUUGUUGUUCACUCACAGAGCCGGGUACUGCACUCUAGGGGGAGGCAGAGAGCACAGCACACACUCCUUGCUUUGCUUUCACUGCGCUCAGCUAUUGAGCAGUCUGACGACUCCCAGUGCCAAUGACAGAUCCGGCCUGAGCUCAAAGCCUGCUCAGCAAAAGGGUCCUGAGGGACACACUCACCCCCACCAUAAUUUCCACUCGCCAUUGGCGAGGAGGUGAGUAGAAAUUUCAAGCCCUGUACUAAAGGCA